GGCGCUGCUUCUACUGUCGCAUUGUUUUUUGGUAUUCAUUAUGGGUAUAGCGAUCAGAGUGGAUGCUGGUUAAGGUUCGAGACUGGAAGUCUAGUAGCAUUCAUAUUUCCAGCUAUGGCCCUAAUCCUGAUUCGGAUUAUAUUAAUAGUUUUUAUGUUAACGAAAGAAAUAAAAGGAAAGAAACGACAAGAAUAUAUUAAAGCUCAAAUAAGACGCUGUAUAAAAUGCAGUUGUUUUUUGAUUCCCUACUUCAUCCUUACUUGGGUUUUUGCGUUAAUGGUGGACGAGCAGUAUAUAUUCUGGUUGAUGUUUUAUAUUCUAUUUUCGUUGAAUGGCGUAUUUGUCGCCCUUUAUUGUUACUGUUCAUUUGAGAUGAGUGAAAUUCGGCGACAAGAUCGGUCAUUAUCUUCGCAAUCACUGAAUCGCUCGUCAACCUCUGUCGACAAAAUGGGUGACCCAAUAGUAUUGGCUUUAGGAGAGCAGCCAGGGUCUAAAACUGAUUUAGCUAUUAGUAAGACACCGAUCAUAUUUAUUCUAUUCAGUAAUUAUAGAUAUUGUUUGUUCAAAUAUUGA